AUGGGAGAUGAACAGAUAAAAGGAUCGAUAGAUCUGGUGAUAAUCAACAAAAAAAUCGAUGAGAUAGGCCCCUCACCUCCGCCAGCUCCUCAGUUAUCCAUUUUUAGGGUUUUCAAAUUCAUACCGCCAAAUCAAAAUCACGGCUCGUCCUUGCAUGAGUCGGAUCUGCAAUCGGAGCUCCAUUGCCGGAUCGAGCGCUACUCGGCCCCAUCAGCUCCUCCGCCGGCAAUGUCGCCGCCCAAAGCCUCCCCCUCCGCCUCCGGAUCCGAGCCGCCGAUUGCUGGGGUGCAAGAAACAAGUUCUUCUGCGGAGGAAGUAUUAGCUUUAAUUGAUUCAUUAAAGAAACAAGUUGCUUCUAACCGAUCUGACCGCAUAAAGAAACGGAUGCAAGAAAAUACCGAAAAAGUGGUUGAUGUUAUGAAGAAUCUUUAUAAGUUAUCUAUGGAACGAAGAAAUACUAAGUCUAAUUGUGGUUAUGGGGGUGUAGAUUUAUUGGCAAAGAGGCAAAAAGAUGCUAUAGAUAUGCAUAAUGGUAUUGGCAUCAGUAAUGGAGAUAACGAAAGCAGUAGUUCCCAAGAUGAUGGAUAUGCCCCUUCAGCAAUUCUCUUGGGGUCAAGCAUUGCAGUCAAGAAUGCCGUGCGUCCAAUUAAGCUGCCUGAAGUGAAAAAAUUACCACCGUACACAACAUGGAUCUUCUUGGAUAGAAAUCAAAGAAUGACAGAGGAUCAGUCAGUGGUUGGUAGGAGGAGAAUAUAUUAUGACCAGAAUGGUGGCGAAGCUCUUAUAUGUAGUGAUAGUGAAGAAGAAGCAGUUGAGGAUGAAGAAGAAAAGAAAGAAUUUUUAGAGUCUGAAGAUUACAUUCUGCGAACAACCAUCAAAGAAGUUGGCCUUUCUGAUUUGACGUUGGAUAUGUUGGCCCAGUGUCUGUCAAGAAAACCUUGUGAAAUCAAGGGAAGAUAUGAUGAUCUUAUGAAGAGUAACAAUGCUUUAUAUCGUGUGAACAAUGCGAAUGCUGAAAGUUUUGUGAAUCCAUAUAUUGACAAGGAUCUUGAUGCUGCGCUGGACUCAUUCGAUAACCUGUUUUGUCGCCGUUGUUUAGUUUUUGAUUGUAGACUACAUGGGUGUUCCCAGGACCUUGUAUUUCCUGCGGAAAAGCAAUCAGCAUGGUCAUGUCAGAAUGUGGAGAAGGAACCAUGUGGUGCUAAUUGCCAUCGUCUGGUGCAUGGGUCAGAUGACAAGAGCUCUAGAUCAGCAACUUUUCAAGAAAAAUCUUUGGUUGCAUCAAAUGGAACCACUGUGCCAGUGCUAAAGAAAAAGAAGGGAGUUUCAUUGGUCAGGAAGAAAUCUAAGUCUUGUCAAAGUGGAAGUGUUUCUUCCUCGGAUACAAAACCUGUUAAUGAUGUCACUUCACCUGUAAAUGGUGCUGGGAAGUCUGGUGGGGACAAAAGGAGUAGUAAGAGAAUAGCUGAAAAUGUCGUAGUUGCCAAAAAGAAAAGGCAGAAGAAGAUAGCAACAUCUGAUUCUGAUUCUGUUGCUGCUGAUGGACUCGAUAUGAAAAACUUAAAUUGUCAAGACAAUGAAGAUGGUAUCUCUUCUCCUAAAAUGAAAUCUACAAGUUCUCUGAAGUCUAGACGGAAAGUGUCCGAACCUUUGCAGGGAGAUGCCAUCAGUGGUGCAUCUGAUGAAAGUGAUAGUGGCCAACCAAUGUCAAGCAGUGGCAACAGCUUAAAGAAAGAGGAAUUUAUCGAUAACACGUGCAAACAAGAAAUAAUUGACAAUAAAUAUUGGAAACCGUUUGAGAAAGCUCUCUAUGAAAAGGGUAUUCAGAUUUUUGGCUGCAACAGCUGCUUGAUAGCUAGGAACCUCAUGAGUGGCUUGAAGACUUGUUCAGAGAUCUUCAAAUACAUGCAUCGUUCUGACAAAAAGAUGUCUCAAGAUGAUGAUGGGAUGAUCCUUCCAGAUGGCUGUCUCAAGGCUGAUGUCAAUGAAAUUGUGGGCAAUGGUGCACGUAGAAGAUCGAGAUUUUUACGGCGAAAAGGAAGAGUCCGUCGCCUAAAGUACACAUGGAAAUCUGCAGGUUCUCAGUCCUUCAGGAAAAGGAUUUCUGAAAGGAAGGAUCAGCCAUGUCGGCAGUACAGUCCCUGUGGAUGCCAAUCGGCAUGUGGGAAAACAUGCCCUUGUCUUAUUAAUGGUACCUGCUGCGAAAAAUACUGCGGAUGUCCAAAGAGCUGCAAGAAUCGCUUCAGAGGCUGUCAUUGUGCUAAGAGUCAGUGUCGAAGCCGUCAGUGCCCAUGCUUUGCUGCUGAUAGGGAGUGCGACCCAGAUGUAUGCCGGAAUUGCUGGAUAGGCUGUGGUGAUGGCACCCUGGGGGUACCCUUCCAAAGAGGUGAUAAUUACGAAUGCAGGAAUAUGAAGCUUCUUCUAAAGCAGCAACAGAGGGUUUUAUUAGGAAGAUCUGAUGUAUCUGGCUGGGGAGCUUUCUUGAAGAAUAGUGUUGUGAAGCAUGAAUACCUUGGAGAGUACACUGGUGAACUUAUUUCACACCGUGAGGCUGAUAAGCGUGGCAAGAUCUAUGAUCGUGAAAAUUCCUCAUUUCUGUUUAAUUUAAAUGAUCAGUUUGUGCUUGAUGCAUACCGUAAGGGCGACAAACUGAAGUUUGCCAAUCAUUCCCCUGUUCCGAAUUGCUAUGCUAAGGUCAUAAUGGUGGCUGGGGAUCACAGGGUUGGUAUAUUUGCCAAAGAGCGAAUUUCUGCGGGGGAAGAAUUAUUUUAUGAUUAUCGAUAUGAAGCUGACAGGGCUCCAGCCUGGGCCAAGAAGCCUGAGGCAUCUGGUGCCAAGAAAGAAGAUGGGACUGCUCCCUCAGGUGGCCGUGCCAAGAAGCACACUUAA